AUGCAAUCUGGAAGGGAAUUCCCUUCUGGCAUGGAAGAUCGAACCGACAGUCCAGGAGCUGUAGCUUCUCCAGAUGAGUAUGUUUACUGCAUCUGGGUUGUUCCUGCUUAUUCUUCAGAUAUCGAAUUGAGAUAUCGUAGAUUCACUGACUGGGCCCUGUCUCACGAAGAAGAUUUUGAAAAAAUGCGACUUCCCACUGCUCCCCAUGUGACACUUGCUCGCGGGAUUCAUUUGAAAGCAGACCAGUCCUUUACUAGUGUUUUAAGGCAUAUUGCUUCAAAGAAGGCUUCUCCCAUGGACAUAAAAUUUGGAAACGUGGCUCUUGGCAACACUUACUUUGAUCGUGUUUAUAUUCAGAUAGCACGCACACCAGCAUUGGAUGAACUUCAACAGGCCGCUUAUGAGCUUGUAAACGAGGAUCAUUCUACUGAGAGUGUAGAACCCUACAUGCCACUGGUUUAUGCAAAUUCUGUUAAAGGUUAUUGGGGUACGUCUGAUCCUUUUUCGACAUUAUCUUGCAUCAGCGAUGUGAAGUGGGAAAACCCUUCUUUCCUUGAAUUAGUCCAAGUGAACUUGAAAACUCACCAAGGAACUAUCUGUGACAGACUGCAGCUAUCUUGA